ACCGCCUUAAACCUAUUCUUCGUGAAAGAUUCAAAGUUCUUAAGAAUGUUGAACCAGAAGAUGUCGAAUUUUUUACCUUUAAUAACCGCAUAAAUCCACUUCCAUCAGGAACCAACCUUAAUUCCCUAUCCGGGAGUACAACUGACACUGCACCACUUGUAGUCCGGUAUCCUCUAUCAACUUCAACCGUCAUUGUUCGUUGCAAUCUUUCAACAUCAUGGUUUAAGUCUAGUUUCCCACAUACAAGCGGGCUCUGGUAUCUUGUUCGUAAUGUUGCAGAAUCAAAGUUUCAAACCCUGCGAUUAGAUACAGUUCAAUAUAGUUUCAUUCAUAAUGAGAAUAAUAACAAACAACAAAUAGAAAACGAAUUUCAGUUCAAUGAAAUAAUAGCACCGAAUGAAAAAGGUAAACGUGAAGUCAAUAUUUCAAUCCAAGUAACAGGAAGGAAGGCAUACGGUGAUUGGGAAAUUGGCGAGGCCCUAAAUGAGUUCUUGCAUCAAAGGGGUUCAACUAUGUUUGAUAUUCGAUCUUUUAGUAUAGAUGAUCUUCCGAGAUCUAACCCCCCAAUCUCCGAAGAGGCUAUUGCCCAACUUAUUGCUGAACUUAAAAAAAGGAAGAGUGCAUUUGACAUUGUCAAUCGAAAUGAAUCAACUUGUCGAGAGUUCAUCUCGCCUUUAAUGUCCACAGCAGUCACCCAU